AUGACCUCACUGCGUGUCUUACGCGCAUAUCUCUCAGUUCAGAAUGCUUCAGUGCAUUUACUGUUGCUUCCCUGCAUCUACACUAUCCUCCCUAUCUACUGGCUCACCUCCUCACCUUGUCCGCUAUUUGCUACUGGGGAACCCGCACAAGAAUGUCCACAAGCGCCAGUGCUCGAUCUCGCUGAAACCUCUGACGAUGACAUCAUCCUCACUGCAUCCACAUACCGCACUGUAUCAUGUAUGCACCCCGCAACUCCGAGUUUAUCAUGCAUCGUCACAUCUGAAAGUGGGAAGCAGCAGGUGGUAACUGGUAGCUAUGAUGGCAUUGCGCGGUUGUGGGAUCUGCGGAUCACGAAAGGAACUGUGAAAAGCUUCAAAGUGUGGGAUGGGAUGAACGUGCUUGCGGUCGAUGGCGUGGGGAUGUGGCACAGGCGAAAUUAG